UCACGGUCCUCGGACCUCUUGCUCAAAAGUUCACUUGAUUGUUAUCCGUCGUUAUCGCCCAAUACAGCGUUAAGCUCUGGCAGAGCGGUACCAGAUUUUAUUCAAAUCACAGAAUAAUCACAGAAUAGUAAGUGGGAGUGUUGCAGCAGUCUACAGUGCAGAUCCUCCGCGAAGCCAAGAUGACCAAGCGCAAAGGGAAAAGUGCCAUUAAACAGGACGACAGUUUGCUGCUCUUGGAGACGCCAUCUGUAACACCACAGAGGGGAUUUAAAGAAUAUGCUGUCCCUGCCAUUGUUAUCUUUAUUUUCGCUGUCGGGGGAUCAUCGGUACUUUGGCUCUCCAUUCAGCAACAGCAAACCAUCGACAGUUUGACAGAGACAGUCAAUGCAAUGCAACUUAGGAUAACCAAGUUCCAACAGCAGUUGGGGAUGGGUAAUGCACAGAUCGCCAAUGUGGGUGUUUUUGAAGAGCGUCUUCAAACACUGGAAAAGGCCUACACGCAGGCCCAAAAAAAGGCAGACGUCGCCCUGGCCACAUCAGAAAAAAUCCAAUCUACUGAUCUUCAAAGCCAAGUCUGGUCUCUUCAGUCUGAGAUGAAUGGCAGACUAUCUGAACUCCAGCAAGAGUUUGUUUCAACUGCAGCUUUGAAUUCAGUGGUCAAGAAUAAGACUGAAGAGAUUGAAACUCUGAAGCAGAGGCUUAAUUCUAUCCUCACUGCUAACACUGACGUAGCUGUUACCAUUUCUGGGCUCACAGACACCGUUUUGGUCACCAAAUCACGUCUCGACCAGCAGAUGUCUACUGUAGAAGGUCUCACAUCUGAGUUGGAGGAACAAAGAAUGGAACUUAAAAGCUUGAAGGAAUAUUUUGUUAGAAACAAGAAAGCUCUUGAAAGGAACAGACAAGAGGUGAUGGACAUCAAGGAUCUGCUGGAGAUGGAACAGACAAGAAGAUCCCAAGCUCUUGAGGAGCAGCUCGUGGCUGUCCGUAGGAAUCUGGAGGACCAUCAGAGGAGUACUCACAGCCUUCACUCUCACCUUGCUUCCCAGCUUGAUAUAAUCCAGAAUCAGGUGGUAUCUGAAGGCCAGCAGCCCAAUUCAGAGGAAAAUAUUCCAGUAGAAACCCAGCAAGUGGAGCAAGCAGCAACUCAGGAGGAAGUUCCAAUCAAGGAUCAAAAGGAUCAAACCGUUACUGAGGAGGAAACCGUAACCGAGGAGGUUCAUGUUGCAGAAAGCGAGCAAUUGGUACCUGAGGAGAAAGAGUCAGCUGAGGAUGUUCAGUUCCACAGAGAAGAACCUGCUGAAGAGCAUGCAGAUUUUCCUGAGGAAAAUCAAGUAAAAAAAGAUGCAUCUGAGGAGCAAGUAGUAACUGAAGAGGAUGACCAAGCUGAUGGGGUUCCAUUCCACAAGGAAGAAGUUGAGGAGGAAGCAGUAACUCAACAGGAUGAAAUACCGGACGAACUGCGGGUAUCUGAUGAGGAGGAACCAGAGGAGGAGGUUCAAGUCCUGAGGGAAGAAGAAGUUAUUGAGAAGCAAGUAGUAACUGAAGAGGAUGACCAAGCUGAUGGGAUUCCAUUCCACAAGGAAGAAGUUGAGGAGGAAGCAGUAACUCAACAGGAUGAAAUACCUGAGGAACUGCAGGUAUCUGAUGAGGAGGAACCAGAGGAGGAGGUCCUGAGGGAAGAAGUAUUUAUUGAGAAGCAAGUAGUAACUGAAGAGAGUAUGAAACACGAGGAAGUUCAGAUCAAUGAUGGAGAUGCUUUUGAGGAGCAAGCGCUAACAGAGACGGAUGAAGUAACUGAGGAGAUUCCAAUCCAAGAAGAAGAAACUGUCAUGGAGCAAACAGAAAGCAUUCCUUCCGAGGAAGACCCAACUUCCACGGAGGAGAGGGAAAUUGAGGAAAGUGUGGCCGAGGCUGUGGAGAACUUCUCACAAGAUCAUGCUGUUGAAGAUAUCAGUCAGGAGGCGACACCACAGGAGCCACUAGAUGAAAUUGUGAAUCAGAAAGACUUGGAAGAAGAUGUGUCAGACUCUGAGGAAGAAGAACCUGCUGAGGAAGAACAAGAUGAAAAAGACAAUUCAGCCAAUAAAAGUUACCAAGAUAACGAUUAAAAAUUAAAGACUUUUUCUGAGGACUUUAAAUGAUCCAAAUUUCCCACUGAAUUACGUGAAACGUGAUACUUCACCUUUGUUGAAAUGUUCCUCAGUCUUACUUUGUACUCAAAAGUGAACUUUGAACCUAGCAGCGAUUUUUCAUAUCCAGUGAUGGAUUUGGUUUUCUAGUGAUAUCUUGAAUUGCUCUGUUUACACUGAAAAUGUAGAUAAGGUUGAUAUUGUUUUACUAGGUUACACAUUUAAAGAAUUGCAUUUCAUACAGUGGUUUGCCAGCUCACUAACCUCAGGAGUGUCACUUAAAUAAAACUGCUUUCUAUGUUUUUUACUAUUUCCA